CGGGAGCCGGGAUCCCGAAGCCCAGUCCUGGGGCUCGGUGACCAGAGUGGAGGGAAGCCGCGAUCCCUGCCCCAAGCCCCAGGACCACGGGGAAAAGGACCAGGCGCGGAACCCUCCGGAGCCGAGAGUCUCAUGUGCCCUCAGGGUUGUGACCUUCUGCCUGCUGGGUUUCGCACAAACAACCCCCCAAACACCCCUUGAACUUCAUCUUCCCGUCCAGGAGCCCCUGGGAAAGGGUUCUGGGUGCCUACAGCUGAGGUCCAUAGAUAUAACUCAGUCUCUCAGUCUGCAUUCUUGAAUUCAUCAACUUUCUAUCUAGAGCCUACUUCCUCUAGCCCCAAACAGGAGCCUAGAUGCCCUUGGUAAAUUUCAGUGUAUAGUUGCCACUGCCAGAAGUCCUCUGACCCCCAUCCAGAUGUGGUGGACAGCUGUCCAGAGGCAUGCGUCUCACUCAUCCGUGUUAUUCUCAUGUCUUGCUGCUGCUGCUAUGGAUCUCCUGUCAGCUGCAGGCUCCUUUUGCCCAGGUGAUGGAUUUCCUGUAUGAAAAAUGGAAGAGCUACAGUGAUGAGUGUCGUUACAACUUGAGCCUACUGCCCCCUCCCACGGCAGAGCUGGUCUGCAACAGAACCUUUGACAAAUACUCCUGCUGGCCGGACACCCUCCCCAACACCACAGCCAACAUCUCCUGUCCUUGGUACCUGCCUUGGCAUCAUAAAGUGCAGCACCGAUUCGUUUUCAAGAAAUGUGGACCCGAUGGGCAAUGGGUCAAAGGACCCCAAGGCCAGGCCUUGCGCAAUGCCUCUCAAUGCGAGAUGGACAUCAAUGAGAUCUGGUCACAGAACAAGUCUGCUCAGAUGUACAGCAGUUUCCAGGUGAUGUACACGGUGGGCUACUCAAUGUCCCUAGGAGCCCUGCUCCUUGCCCUUCUCAUCCUGCUGGGCUUCAGCAAACUGCACUGUACCCGUAACUACAUCCACAUGAACCUGUUUGUCUCCUUCAUUCUCAAGGCCAGCUCUGUGCUGGUCAUUGAUGCCCUGCUCAAGACCCGAUACAGCCAGAAGAUUGGAGAUGACCUCAGUAUGAGCAUCUGGCUCAGCGAUGAGGCGGUGGCGGGGUGCCGAGUGGCCACGGUGUUCAUGCAGUAUGGCAUUGUGGCCAAUUACUGUUGGCUGCUGGUGGAAGGUGUAUAUCUACACAACCUGCUGGUGCUGGCUGUCUUCUCAGAGAAGAGUUACUUCAACCUCUACCUGGGCAUUGGCUGGGGGGCCCCCCUUCUCUUUGUCAUCCCCUGGGUCGUGGUGAAAUUUUUCUUUGAGAAUAUCCAGUGUUGGACUAGCAAUGAUAACAUGGGUUUCUGGUGGAUCCUCCGAUUCCCUGUCUUCCUAGCUAUCCUGAUCAACUUCUUCAUCUUCAUCCGCAUCAUCCAGAUCCUGGUCUCCAAACUUCAGGCCCACCAGAUGCGAUACACCGACUACAAGUUUCGGCUGGCCAAGUCGACGCUGACACUGAUCCCUCUUCUGGGCAUCCAUGAGGUGGUGUUUGCUUUCGUGACAGAUGAGCAUGCCCAGGGCACCCUGCGCUCCAUCAAGCUCUUCUUUGACCUCUUUCUCAGCUCAUUCCAGGGCAUGCUGGUGGCCAUUCUCUAUUGCUUUGUCAACAAGGAGGUUCAGGGGGAGCUGCUGAAAAGCUGGCACCGUUGGCAGCUCGGGAGAGCCCUGGAAGAGGAGCAUCGCCACACAUGCAGCCACAUGAGCACUGGUCGCCCUGGCUCCACCUGCCCUGGUGAAAAGCGUCAGCUGGUAAGCUGUAGCAGCACCAGCAAUGGGGCAGGAUGCAGUCAAGCAAAUGCUCUAAACCGAAACUCCUACCUUGAGAAGACUGAGGCCAGCCCUGGUGAUCCAGGCACUGAGGGUGAGGGAACCCACUGCUAUACCUUCCCAGGGGUGGCUGAGAGCAACUUCUGAGCCUUCUAUGUGAGGGAAGGGUUUCUGGACCCAGAAACUGGACCACAGAACCUUGAACCUGGAAGCCGGAGUGGCAGGUCAGGAGAAAGAGAAUACUGGCAUCCAAAACCUAGAAAAUCAAGGGAACCCAGGUAAAGAAAGGGGACCUUACCCAAAAGACUUGGAGGCAACAUGGUGCUGUGGGAAGACCACUCAGGUUAGCUGUAUGACCGUAGGCAAGUAUUUUCCCCACUCUGAAUUUUAUUUUCUACAUCUGUAAACAGAGUUGGAUUAGGUGAUCUCUUCAGCUUUGGCAUUUCUAUAAAUUAAGAGUCUAGAAUCUGCAACCUGGAACCUUGAGAUCAUUGUCUAAGGUUGAGAGAAGCCUGGCAGAGAGGGUGAGGUAUGAUGGGAGAAGGGAAGCAGAGUGGUCCCCGCUCCCCUAACUGAGUACUAAACAGUGCCAUCUACACUUUCUGUGGCUCUCACUGUCUUCCCUGCCUGAGGGAGCAGAGAAAAUGGGGACCAACAUUGUUGGAUCCAUUAAGCAGGGUUAAGGAUGAUGUGAUCAGGGCUAUUAAGCCAUUCUUUUUUCUUCCUCACCCCAACAACUACUGACUUGUUGCACAGAUGGGUUUUCUAGUAUAAAUAUUCCUUCUCCAUUCUGAGAGGUAGUAUCAAAAAUAACAUGAUUAAGGUGAUUAACAUUUAAAUUGUCUUUAUAAAGAUAAAAUAAAUUUUUUUUGAAAGAAAGGUAAACAGACUUUUCUCAGGUACCCAGUGAAAAAAAGGCCCAGGCUCCUGUGAGAGAGCUCAAGAGGCUAUGGGAUUAUGGCCAUGGCAUGGGUGUUGGUGAGAGGAGAGGACUGGGAAUUUAGAGGGUUCAGUCCUGACCUACAUCUUGCCCAGAGUUCUAGCCCCUUUCUUCAUGGUCAGCACCUCUGCCUGUAUUUGCAUUCUCCCCAGCUCUGCAUGACUUCAUGCAACUUACCUUUUUCCAGCUUCAUGAGUUUUCUACUGGUCCCUUCAGAAAAUGGGGCCUUCUUCAAUACAAAAUUGUCCUCAAUGAACUGAUUUCUAAAGGUCACCCAGCGUUGUGGCCUAUAAUUCUUCAUACUAUCAUGUUGCUUCCUUUCUGAUGUGUUCAAAGGACCUCAUAAUUUGUACCUCAUAAAGGGAUUGCCUGGCGUGGCCAAAAAUGUGCAACUAGUUCAAUAUUGGCACUUUUUCUGUGAUUAAGUCUGUGAAAGACCAAUUCCCUUAUCUGCUUUUCUUCCUCCUUCCUUGAUGCCAUGUCAAACUCUGUCCUAGAUCCCAGGAACCAUCCAAUUGAUCUCUACCCAGUUGGGCAGAGAAUAUGGACCAGUCAACUGGGGUGAAGUAGUUGGCAGAUAAACCCUGCAUCCAUACAAGGAGAAGAAAGCCCAGAUUCCAAUGAGCAUUAGGGAUCAGAGUCAUGGUGAAGGAGGGAUGGCAGGGGUGGGGGGAGGAGGGGGCAGUCAAUACAUUGUGUAUGAUGUCUGUGUGUGUUUAUGUGUAUGUAUGUUGCCUCAUGUGUACGCUCCUGCAUGCAUGUGGGUUUGUGUAUGCUGCAAAAUAAAUAACUCCCAUAGUUCUUUCUGA